ACUUUGGUUCCGCUGUUCUCCGUUUCUCUCCACAAACUGAAUCUUUCUCAGCGAGUCAACUGAACACUGCAGCCAUUUCUCCGACUACGUGUUUUCUGCCUCGUUUGACAGAACCGUCUCCAGUCCGGGACACAAACAUCGGACUAAACACAACUUAGAUUCGCCCCUUUGUCUCCUCGGCUGGCUUCCCUGCCAGCUGAACCUCGUCGGGAUGGACCCAGCGAGCCGAUACCAAGUGUUGCACAAUGAGGACGAUUCUUCGGAGGCCUCCACAAGUGAGCAGCAGCCGUGUACUUCUGCCACAGCCCAGGCCAGUGCGUCUGGCCAGAGCCAGGCCCAGGCCAGCCUGACCCCUGAUCCCACAGCAGGCGAAGCAUCGGGCUCAAGGACUCAGGGGGAGCUGGACGCACCACCACCUCCCUACGCAUCCAUUGACCUGGGAGCAACCGCUGCAGCACCCGAGACUAGUUUCCAAGGCGAUUUCCCAGUGCCUCCGCCCUACAGCGUCGCCACCUCACUGCCCACAUAUGAUGAAGCUGAGAAGGCCAAAGCAGCCGCCAUGGCUGCAUCCACAGUGGAGGUGAUGCCACGGGAUGAUGAAUUCCCUCCAAGAGAUGAUUUCAGUGAUGCUGAUCAGCUCCGAGUUGGGAAUGAUGGAAUCUUCAUGUUGGCCUUUUUCAUGGCCUUCCUCUUCAACUGGAUCGGGUUCUGCCUGUCCUUCUGUCUGACCAACACUAUUGCAGGACGCUACGGAGCAAUCUGUGGCUUCGGCCUUUCUCUCAUCAAGUGGAUUCUGAUUGUGAGGUUCUCUGACUACUUUACCGGCUACUUCAAUGGUCAGUACUGGCUCUGGUGGAUCUUCCUGUUGCUCGGCCUCCUGCUGUUCUUCAGGGGUUUCGUGAACUACCUUAAAGUCCGCAACAUGUCAGAGAACAUGGCCACCUCCCAUAGAACACGCCUCUUCUUCCUCUACUAAAGGUUCCCAUGCCAUCGCCAUUCCUUUUCAAUGUGAAGUUCCUUCCCUCCCCCUCGAAUGACCUGACUGAGGAGCCUUGCAGCGAAAAGAGGAGACGGGGAAGGACUGAAGGAAAGAAGUAGGGAGAAAGUGUUACCAGUCUCAUUAAAAGCAUAACGCGACUCACUCUGAAGUCUCCACUUCUGAGCCGAGCAGAAAAAUGCGUCUUUGAUGAUCAGAUCUCUAUCCUGGCUUUUUCUUUUCGGUUGUUUUUCAUUUUCCUUUGAUUCAAAGCUCCACACAGUCUCCUGGAUCGUGUGAAACAAACACUAGUCCAGCUUACGUGUCAUGUGUCUCAAGAGCAGGAAGGCUGUUGAGACACAUGAACAGAGAAAAAUUUGGGAGUUACACUAAGCACAAUGAAACUAUUUCACUCACACAAGGCAGGCUAUAUAUAACAUAAAUAUAUACUUUGGUCAUUAUAAGUUACCUUGUUUAAUGACAUUGCAUGUCCUCUGUCAACAGUGACAACAGUAUUACAAAGAAAUUUUUAAAAACCUAAUGUUUGGAAGUUUAAAAUAGAAACUGUGUAGGAGUUGGAGACCUUUUCUGAGCCUUCAGAUUUCCCCUCCAACUUUUUCUCAUUUGUCUCCAACAUUAGUGACAAAGUAGAAAUAAGUAUUCCAACCAAGUUCAUUUAUAAUUUCAUACAUUUCUGUUUGACCUUUUGCACAUUACACUAUAUCUUAAACAGUUUGAAGUACUAGUUUUGCCAUUCCUUUAAGUUCAGGUUGUUUUGAAUAAGUCUUACAUUAUCUGUGAUGUAGCAUUUUUACAGUUUUACAGCGUGAAUUCACAUCUUGGCCUCUCUUCUACAAAGAAAUCUGAAAAUUAGCAGCAGAGAGGUGAGAUUGGUGGAUGGAUUUUCAUCUUACGGGCACGUAAAUGCACUUAAGAUAGAUCAGUUUACAUAUCACAUACCCUGAUGCUAUUAUUGUUUUUAAAUCAAACACAUUUUCAAUUUGCCUCUAUCUUUUGUUUGCAGUCACAAGAUGUGGCUCAGAAUAUGUCAAAGGACAGACACCAGCUUGGUAUGAUUUUUAAAUUUUUUUUUUUGCGACAGUCAAUCAGUUAACUUAAGCCCUGAUCAUUGGCCUUUAAUGCACCAACUGAAACAUCAUCAUCUCUUAGCAUUUGAACAAAUGUUUGAAAUGCCAAACCAGAGGCUUUUAGAAAAAUCAGGGAAAGGAAACAGCUUGUCUGAGAGAUGGACAUAUGCGCACCAACAGUUUUUGCCUGUUUUUUUCCUUCCUCUUCUUCCUUUGCCCUUUAAUACGAAUUGCCAUGCUAUGCAGAAAGGAUUUUUAUCUGUCCUGACAUUUUUAAAAGGGGAGGACUACAUUAACGACUGCACUUGUUGCCAUUUUCACAGUUUGAAUCAAAGAAAAAUGAAGAAAAAAAAUGUUUCCAACACACCUGCUAAAAAAAAAACAAAAAAAAAAAAACAAGAAAUGUUGGGGUUUUUUUUUCAUUUAACCAAAACUUUAUAAUUUGUUCUGACCAUAUUUCACAAUGUACACUAAGUUCAUCUCAACUCACUCAGCUCUAAAACAUUGACUGCCACAUACAUCUGGCAAAACAGUAUCUGUAAGCUAGUGAGGAGCUCACUAGAGAAAGCCCUGUAGAUAAAACUGUUUUUAGGCCACACAAGCUAGAGCACUAUGAAGUGGCCCAAAAGCAGGUCUCAUAUGCAUCUCCUGCUUCGGUGCUGUAGAAGUUUGAAUCCAUAAUAAGCAUUUUACACACGGUGCAGUAACAUGCCAGGCUUGAGUAAAAACUCCUCAGAGUACAAGAGUCUUAUGCAAUUUACUUAAUUGUAAUGACCUACAAUUAUUGUGGAUGUAAUGUCCUGUGAUAAUGAAAUAGACGUAGUUGAACAGUUUGUUAAUCACAGAUUGAGAUCCAGUUGUGACAUGAGGUGGCUGUUAAAACAAAAGCCAAGGUGCUGAUUAUACACAUUUGCCAACAAAAUGAUUUGAGUUACCAGAAAAUCGGAGGAAAGCGCAAUAAAACCAAGGAAAUGGUGACUGGUUCUGCAUGUUCUGCAUGACGUAGACAAACCCAAACACAUGGAUCUCUCUCUGGGAUUUCAGCUUUUAUGAUUAGAUUAAGUUACAAAAAAACUUCUUCCCUUUUCUUUUCAUGGAGUGAAAUGGAGUUUCGGUGAUGUGACAUAGAUCCUAUUAUUAUUAUUAAUUAUUAUUAUUAUCAUAAGAACAAUAUGAGCAGAUGCUGAGGUUUCUGGUGAGUAUGACGGUGAUUAAGUCAGGGGUUACAGUCCAGUGUGAAUAGAGCAUGAGAAGCCUAUGGGCUUGUGCGUCAUGAAAAUGGAGCCUGACUGGACAAAGUAAACAAAACAAAGAAAAAAGCAAAAAAAAAAAACCCAACAAAAAAACAUGCUUUUUUGAUUAUUUUUGUCAUCCAGAAAAUGAAAUGUAUAUACCAGCUUAUGCCAAUUCAUGAUAUUUGCACUUUGAAGAACUUGUACAGUAUGAUUUGUGAAUCUGCUAAACUUGAUGUGGGGGUAGAAAAAGACAAAAGUUAUCUUAGCCAUCCAAGUUUUUCAACUGGAAUUCUUAAAUCAUCCCAAAUGGAUAAUUUGCCUUUUGCACUUUUUAUUUUUCAAAAUGAUAAUAUUGUUAUUGUGUGUCUUCUUUCAUCGCUUUUAGCCUAAACUGUGACAGCUUGAGUAUUGCCAAAAUUCUUUUUUAAAAUCUUUUUGACUGGUCAUAUCCAACUACAGCCUCUUUCAGCAAUAUCAAGAUCUUUCGGUGAAUUAAAGCUCUGCUGCAUGAUUUAUCCACCAGAAUGAGUGGGGUAAUGUUAGGAUUAAUCUAGUACAAAUACAUUUUCUUUCUUUGUAAAUAAGUGAGGAGAAAAAAAAAACAAGACGGCAGCCAAAGUAUUUUUUGUCCACAAUACUCCUUGUAACAUCCUCUAAGGCAGUUGCUAUGCAUUUAUUGUAACUGGAAUUCAAAUGACAGACGAUGUCUUGCAAAAAAUGCCAAUAAAGUUCAACAGCCUGCCACGUA